UAUGUACUUUUUUUUGGGCACGCGACAGAGCCGGCGACUCCUUGAAGAAAUGGAUGGUAUAAAUAAGUAUAAUGAAUUUGUGGCUUUGCACAAGGCCCAAUUGGAAUCAUCUGCAGUUCCGGUACACCUUUGGCCGGCGUUGUAUCGAAAAUUGUGUACGGAUAACUUUGAUGCCGGUGAGGCGUUGCAGCUGAUGCUGAUUGAUUAUGACGAUGAAGAGGAUGAGGAAGUGGAUCCAACUAAGAACGAUGAUAGCCCUCAUCCUGUAUUCGCUUUGGGUGUAGCACGGGAACAAGGCAUAAAGGCCACCGACCCGCAGGCUAUUUAUUUGGUAGAUCACGCCUGGACAUUUCGACUGGAUCAGGUACGCCAACAACUGGAGGAUCACGAGAGACUAGCCGAUCGUCUAUCCGCCAUAACCGGUGUUGAUUUGGAGCACGAAAAUCGAGUAGAGAAGAUCAUGAGACGUAUGUGGAAAUAUUGUCAUGCCUAUUCCAUACGGGCCACCGACGCGGUGGGUCAAAAUUUGACCGAUGAUCAGCGUCUGCCUAUUUGGUAUAUCAUGGAUGAGGUAGGAUCAGCCGUAACACAUUCGGAUGAGCCAAAUUUCCGGAUAGUUCCCUUAUUGUAUUUAAACAAUCAGACAACAUAUAGUCUAUUGUUUCCCAUCAAAGAUUGUGAGCAGGGUGAUCAGGUGACACGCGAUUUUGUGGAAUAUGUUGCCAAGGAUGCACCACAGAGGUCGGCACUUCUAUUGCCCUGGCAGGAAGCUGAUCUAAGUGAAGAAGAUUUCAAGCAAGUGGAGCCUGAUGCAAAUUAUUUCACCAGUGGCCAUAUACCGGAGACUUAUCCGCCAUUGGGAAAUGUAGCAACCAGUUCCAAUCAUAUACCCCAACUGCCUCUUAAGGUCUAUGCCGAGUAUGAAGUUGUGAAGGAGCAUUUAACAGCCGGAGAAUUUAUUCUAGUGGACCAGGAAGAUGAAGCGGAUGUCCUCUGGCUGACACGUCACUACAAGUCAUUCAAGGAACUCUUCGAACUUACGCCACACAAGUUCAUCAAUCAAUUUCCCUUUGAAUAUGUCAUUACUAUCAAGGAUUUGCUUUGCAUUAUGGCACGGCGCGCCGCCAAGAAUCAGCAUCAUAAUCCGGAUAGCUUGGAGACAUAUCCCACAUGGUUACCCACCACAUACAAUCUGACGACCGAGUUGAGGCAAUUUGUGGCCUAUUAUCAAACGAGGGCAGCCAAACAAGUGGACAACCAUUGGAUAAUCAAGCCAUGGAAUCUGGCCCGUGGUCUGGACACACAUAUAACCAAUAAUUUAAAGCAAAUUGUACGCCUGCCCGCCACUGGACCAAAGAUAGCCCAGAAAUAUAUUGAAAAUCCGGUUCUAUUCAUGCGAAAUGAUCAAGAGCUGCAAGUGAAAUUCGAUAUACGCUAUGUAAUUUUGUUGACCAAGGUUCAUCCUCUGGAGGCAUAUGUUUGUCGCAAGUUCUUCUUACGUUUCGCCAAUCAUGAGUUCUCAUUAGAUCACUUUGACGACUACGAGAAGCACUAUACCGUGAUGAAUUAUCGUCCCGAUGAGGCCGAAUUGCAUCAUGUGAAAUGUGAGGAGUUCCUUGAGCUCUGGCAGCAACAAUAUCCCGAUCAUGAUUGGUCCAAAAUAGAGGAGGAUAUAUGUCAAAUGCUUCGCCAACUAUUACAGUGUUCAACUGAGGCGCCACCGCCCUGUGGUCUGGCUCCUUGCAAUCAAUCGCGAGCUCUCUAUGCCGCCGACAUAAUGCUCAAAUGGCAGGAUGAUCGAAUGAAGCCGCAACUAUUGGAAAUCAAUUGGACUCCCGAUUGUAAACGGGCCUGUGACUAUUAUCCUGAUUUCUUUAAUGAUAUUUUCAAAUUACUUUUCCUUAAUCAACAGAAUGACAAGAUUUUCAAAUCAUUGAAUUAAAAAAAAAAAAUAUUUAAACGUU